AUGGCGGGGAAGGGACGCGACCUGUCCCGCCUGAGGGGAGGCGGCUCCUGGCGGCGCCUCGGACCUCCGUCUGAUUGGCAGAGCAGGGUGCUGGAAAUGCAGUUGGAGAGAGAUGUGCUUCAGGAUAGCAGACAAAAGGAAUCGCAGAGCCAACAGAAUUUACAAAUACAGUUUAAAAAUAUUACUGGAGAGCUGGAAGCUGCCAGUCAGCAGCAGGACGAGGCGCUGAGGGAGGCUGGCAGCUAAAAUGAGCAUCUCACAAAGGUGGUCCACAGCCUCGAGGAAUUACUUCUGGAAUUACAUGGCAUCCUAAUGGACUGCACAGACAGCACAGGCAGGAGGCUUUGUGAGCAUGGGGACAUUACCAGCCUGCUCACCCACAGCCUGGGCACAGCAUUUUGUGGUGUCCAGAGGGAUUUGGACUCACAGGUGUCCCAUCUCAAAGGAAAGCUGGUCCUGCUGGAGGAAGAGCUGCAGUCACUGAAAAAAGAUUCACAGACCCAAAGAGAACUUCUGCUUCAGCAACAUCAAAUGAGGUACCACUUCUCUGGGGUGGGGAUUGAGCAGCUAAGAAAUGAGCAUGAGCACGAGGUGGCAGCACCCUCAAAGCUGACAGUGCCUGCGGCUUUUUGUCAGCUCUAUUCCCAGUUAGGAGAAGUGAAGAGGAUCUGUGAAAACAAGGUCAAGGAUCUUGAGAAGCAGUUACACCUAGCUCAUUCUGAGAAAACAGAAGCUCAGACAGACCAGGCACAACAUGGUGGCCAAGAAUCUCGAAAUCUGAAUGACCAGAUUCAUCAAUUGUUGCUGGGUGCAAAGGAUGAGAAAGAAGACAGAAUAUGUGAAAUGGAGGCCAGGCUGAGCGAGCUGGAGCUGGAAAAGGUUCAGCUGGUUAGCACAUGCACCGAGAGGCUCUAGGCACUGCAUGAUGCAAAACUGGAAAAAGAUGAGCUCCUGCAGGAACUCCGGGCUGGGCAGAGGGAGCUAGCUGGCCUUGCAGAGGCAUUUUAAGAUUUGAAGAGGAAUUAUCAAGGUGAAAUAAAUACUGCAAACAGACUAAAAAUGCAGUUGAAGUCAGCCCAAGCUGGUCUGAAACAGGCCAGAACUGCUGGAAAGACUAUGGAAGGAUUUGAUGACAAUGCUCUGGAAGCUGCAGCAAGAAUGCAGAAGCAGAUUACAGCCAAGAGAGGACAGGCAGAUGCACUACAGAGCACGGUUAAAUUCUUGGAAGAGGCAAUGGCAAACACAGCUAAGGAGAAGCAUUACCUCAGAGAAGAAAAUAGUAAACUAAGUCAAAAAUUGAGCUGUGUGAGAACAGAAAAUAUCAGGCUUGCUGGGGACGUGGAGAUCCUGAGAUCACAAGACAAAUGGCUGAAAGAAAAACUGUCAAAGAUGGAGACAGCCCUUGAUAAGGCAUCCCUGCAGUUUGCAGAGUGCCAGGAGCAGGAAGCGAUGCGCUGCAGGCUGCAGCGCACCUUGGAUGUGAGAGAGCUGCAGGGCCCAGGCUACUCCUCAGCUUCUGCUUCAGGGAAGCUGCAGGAUGUUGUGCCUCUGCCCCACCUGCACUCUGCUGUCCGGCCACAUGCCCUGCACCUGCCCAGCUCUGCCCCUCAGGCUGGACAUUUUGAAGAACCAUUGCAGGAUCUAAAGAGGACUCUUAUGAAAUUAACAAGCCCAGACAGUGACAUUCCCUCCAUGGAUCUCAGCAGCCAUGGCAGGAGAAAAUCCCCUUUAACAACCAUGAGGAAUGCAGUGGUUCCUUCCCACUCACAUCCUGCAGAUCUUCAGUCCCAGGAUGUUUCCCUGCUCCUUACCUCCCAUGGAAACGCAUCCAUCUGCUCGACAGCACCUCAGUGCACAUCUGUCCCCAAGCUAUUCCCUCGGGAGGGCAGAUCCAGAGCAAGAUCUCCAGUACAUUUGCUCUUAACUACUCCACCUAAUGAGCUUGCAGCUGGCCCUGCUGCCUCACCUGAGCACAUCCCAGCCCCAGGGAAGGCUGGCUACAAAAAAAUGAACUCUUCUCAGCUGAUGGAAACUAGUGAGCCCACACCAAAGAAGCCACAGAACAAGAUGGAAAGCCUCCAAAACCUGGUGGAAUCAUUACAGAUGAAAAAAAAACAAGCCACGUCUCCAAUGAUCAGAGCUCAGGAGGUGAAGACAAAGAAAUCCAAGGAAAAGGAGAGACAGCUGUUCAAGUGAAGGCACUCUAUAUGCAUUAGUGAUCGCUUUCAUGUGCGUACGUUGUGUUUAAAAUAAGUUAUGUUUUUAAAGAUUAAUAAUAA